UCGACUUACCUGUGAAGUGGGUUUGGCAGAGAGUGACUGUCCCUAGGUCACACCGUGGGCUUCAUGGCUGAGAGGGCCACAUCUUCCCGAUCCUAGUCAGACAGUGCUUGAAGAUCUGUGACUCCCUGGAGCUGCAGUUGGAGAUCAUAUCGGAGUGACUGACCUAUUUAUAUCAGUGGGAGCUUUAGAGCUGCCAGUCCUUUGGAACUGAUGGAGCAUCUUCUGCAGGAGUCCUGAAAAGCAAUGGCAGCUGCUUCGCAUCUGAACGUAGCACCCCCUGAACGGCAAACCUCCGUUGGCAUUACAGAGCCUCCCCUCUGGCAGCCACCCGCCGUCACCAUGCAUGUCACUCGCCCAAAAUCUGCAAAGGGGCGCACAAGGCCCAGUUUGAAUUACUCCCGUAGUGUAGAAGCCUACUCCUGUCGGGUGCCAUCAUCCCCUCAGCCCUUAUCUCCCUGUGACAAACCUGGGAGUGGCCAGAGGGCAGACUUCCCCCAGCAGCUGUGCCAACCCGUUCAGGCGUCUCCUGCCGAAAUCCCGGAUCUCCUCCAGCAGGUGCCUGUGCGGACCUCCUGUUCCUUGAAUAAGUACAGGGUGCUCCCAUCCAUCAGCCGAAAAGAACUGAGGAGAGGUGCAGUGGAAGUGAUGUCCGAACAGGCAAGUCAACUCCGAGUGAGCAACCGAGUGAACGAAGAAGAGCAGAACUUCAAAGGUCGCCUGCCAGAGAGGGUGCCCACCUCUGCCAUGACAAAACGUGAUAGGGGCAGUGGGGAACAUGCAAAAACAUCUCUUCCAUUGGAAAAGAAGCCAUUCAGUGAAAUGAAAGAAAGAAGCAUCUCCUUGCCAGCUCCAGCUCUGGAAGAACCCUCCGAGAAGGAACCAAUGUUGCUCUUGGCUGUCAGGUCUCCUUUGGGUCAGAGGUUUCAACACCACUUCCGCCCAACUGACCGCCUCGAGACUGUCCUUGCAGUGGCAGAGCGGAAAAACUCAGCCGUGUAUAAGCGCUGCAGUAUUGAAACUGUGGAAGUGCCUCGGCGGACCUUCUCCGACCUCACCAAGUCCUUGCAAGAGUGUGCGAUCCUCCACAAAUCAGUGCUGUGUAUCUUGCAGGAGGAGCCAGAAGGAGAGCUUUAAGCAGGCAGGGUCUGUUCUCUGUAUUAAAAUGCCAUUGGAAGCCACGGGUCUUUACCUGAUGUCCUUAGGCCCUCAAGCUCCUUUCUCUGGCCUGAUGGGUCUUGUUUUCCAAGCUGUUCCCCACGUGCUCAAAGGGGACCCAUUUCAAAACGUCCCAUUUCCAUUCCCUUUUUGGGUGUCCACCUCCCCGCAGUUUCCUCCUUCCAUCACCACUCUGGUAUCCUUGCAAGUGCCUUUCACUCCACAGGCAGUGGCAGCAGCAUCACUUUCAAGGUCACGUGGGCUGCCCAUUUGUUUCAUAUUUUGGACGACAGUUCCUGCUUAAAUCAUCCAGUGCUUUUAAAAAUCCUCUCUUCAGAGAACAUUUUAUGUUUGGCUCAAAAAAAAAAAAAAGCAAAAGAUCGCAUAUUUUUGUUCUACCUUCAAGGAUAAGCGGCUUUUGCUUUCCCUGAGUUUUACUGUAUUUUUUAAAAUCAGCCGUUCCUUACAAGAUUACUGCGCAAGAUCUUGAUGGAUCUGGGCUCGAGAGUGGGUUAUCCAGUGUAAAUUUGCAUCUCAGUGUUUGGCAGCUGGCGUGAAACCUCUCCCUUUUUGAAAUAGGAGUUAAUUGCAAACUUGCGUUGAUUUGGUAUUCUUGUACUCUAAAUUGAGUCGGUCUGUGUAUAAACCACAGCGCUCUCAGAAAACUGCUUUUUCAUUUUUAAAAUCAACCUUUGUAUUUAGCAAAAUGCCAUUUAUAUUGUAAAAAAAUCUGUAUUUGCAUGGGGGCAGGAGCAGGGGAAAACCCAUCAACUGGCAAUAUUUAGGGCUUGGACAGCUUGUAUGAUACAAAAAAACGUAUUAACCUACUGGAUUGCUUGCCAAAUGGCCUGCUUCUGAGUGUGUGUUUCUCAUAAGCAAAUCUCAACCUUUGCUUCGAUGAAAUGGCCAAAUUAACCUCUUCAGAUUAGAAGGGGAUUACACUUCUGCUGUAAUUAACGGCUGCAGAAACAGGCAACUUCCACCUCCGCUCUGUAGAGAGACGAUUCGACUUUUCUUCCUUCCCCAUCUGGCGGAAGCAUUUGCCCAUGCCAGUUCUUAAGAUGUUCCUUUCUUUGAUUACAGCUGCUGACUUCCCUGCCAAACUCUUUGCAAGCUGCCAGCUCUUCUCAGCUGUAAGCAGAAACAGUGUAAUCUGGGAAGUUCUGUAAGCAGUGAAUUGAAACAGACAGUGGUGGCAGGGAAUGACACGCCCCUUUCCUCUGCCUGUCAGUGCCCCGCAGAGCAGAGUUUUGGGACUGAACAGAAAGGGAGCUUGACUGUUCUGGGUUGUCAACUAUAUGAAGCAUAGGUGACAGGCAGCAUUGCUCCUCUUGGAAUUGGGAUUAACAGAGCCUUGAGGCAAGGCCCAGUUCUGGCCACAGCACAGAAAACCCUACACUCACUAAGGCAGAACCCUUUCCAAUUUGGGCUUUGCAAGCAAGAGGAAGGGGAUGGGGGGGGAAGCUGCUUGUUCCGUCAAGUAGGAAAGCAGCAGCUGCUAACUUUCCUUCCAAGCCUGCUGCAUGACAACUUUGAACCCUUUGGGUCAAUAACGGGAUGAGACGGACGAGCUGGACUGUGCAUGCUGAGCUGCUGAGCCUUUUACCGAGUGGUUUGCCACAAGGUGGCACAUUGGGAUGGGAGAACCGGUCUGGCAUUCAGAGGGAAGGAAGCGAAUGUACAGCUGAGAUGGGACCAGUUUAGACACGCAGCAGCAAUCUCAAGUCAGCCUUUUCAAAGGCCAUUCCGCUUCAGGCUGUUGGGGGGGAUGUAUAGCAAAGGCCCCUCUUGCAUGAAACGCCAGGCACAUAAGGAAAGCAUGUCAGUACAAAAGCUAGUGUGAACCACUGCUAGUUGCAUACAUUCAGAGGUUUUUCAAGAUGGGGGAAAUGGCAACAUUCACCUGGGACCUGUAAUUGUACAGAAAGCCUCUCCCAACUGUUCUCAGUGUAUAGGUUGGACUGGUUGGAUUCCUGUUCAGUGACACAAACUGCAGUAGGAAGUUUUCCUCUCUCAGUGUGUGGGAGGGUGACCUUUUAUGUUUUGGGACCAGAUGGUCAACUUUAAAAUGCCGCUUUCUCAUUCUCCAAAGUCACCUGGGGGACUGCAUUUCUCUCUGGUUAGGGGCAAGCAAGUAUUCUGAGACGGCAGUAAGCGGACUGAGGGGGAAUGCAAGCAUGAUGCGCCUCAUCAGUAAAGCCUGAAACAGUAAAUUAAUGUACAGAAGAGUGUUACGAUUUUUGCACUUGAUUCAAAAUAAAACUAUA